CCACUGGUUGGAGAUUCAAUUGCAUGUGAACCGGGACAACGACAAGUCGUCCGUUCAGUCAGUGGUCCGUUUGGUUGUACAAGAAGCAGAAGUGGUAUCAUCCUGAUUGUCCAGAGUUUCUCUUCUCCAAUCUUCAACCAAUUCCCUCAGUCUUGUCUUGACUGGGACGCAAGCAUUUUCCCCAUGCUAACGAACAACGAAAGACGAAUCCUCUUUUGAACAGGAACAAAGCGAAUCACGAGCAAGAUAAGAAUAUCAUCAUUAGCCACAUUCACCUCAGAGUUGUCGGAAAAAGAGUGGUUGACAGUGUUCUCAGUUCGACCGACUUACCGUUCGUGGUGGAUCUUUGGAGCAGUGUCAGAUGGUCUGCUUAUUACUCAGUUGAAGAUUCCGUUUGGAAGUGUCUACAUCGUUUGUUAGCUCUUUGGACACGUUCAGCAAGGAAGUCAAUUAUUUGCGGUCAAGGAUUGAUUACGAGCAUCCAACAUCUCAUAUCGAUCCAGAGCUUUUGUCUGUUGACAAUACCAAGAAUUCCAUGGCCAGGUGCCUUCAGUGAGUGAGUGAGUAAAGCAUUUAGGUCAUCCAGCAUGUGCCAAAUCCUCAUUGAACAAACCACUUAGGUCACGUCAAUGAAUGGCAAUCAUUGUCAUGAGCUCAGCCAAGCAUGGUUCUCCCUUAUUCAUCCAGACCGUUAUCCAACCUUUAAGGAAGAUCUUCUGUUGAUCAUCUUGCCAAAAUCUCCAAACAGUGAGAGUGUGCGAAAGAACUAGGGGUUGGCAGGUACAUCAAUCCGGGGCAUUAUUAACCAGAACAAGAUGAAUUGGCAUCACUUUAUUCUCAGGGCGAUAUGGGGUAUUCUAGUCGUGAUUGUCUCAUCGGGCUUUGGCGAAAGAACCUGGAAAUAUCGUCAACGAUCUAGACCAACGCCAGAGAAUCCGUCGUUUUUCAACCGAAAAGUGGAUUCCUAUCAUUUUCACCGACUUUCAAACUCUCAAGAUCCGGUGACCAGUUUGAGUCCUGACUCCUUUCUCCCCGGGACUCGACGUCUUUAUACAACCAUCAAACGGAAAAGGUUGACUGAACCACCCUCACCGUUACCUUUAGUCUUGGCUACAGAGGCUACUCAUGUUCUAAGAUCAGGCAGUCCUUUGGUGGUGUCAGACUACCCGCCAUCGGAUGUGAGGGUCAAUCUAAUGAGUUUGGAAUCACUCACAACCGAAGAUAAUGACCCCUUGGUCUCCGACGUUUCCGGAGGGAUCUCAACGGAAGGUUAUCCGGAUCAAGGAAAACCUUCCAAAACUAUUGCUACCACGAUUCAUUAUGAGGAUCGGCUGGAUAUUGAGUUCUAUCCAAACUAUGACGAGUUCGACCACUUUUCUUAUGUGAGUGAGACUUGGGCCAAGCCCUCCACCGAACCAAUGGAAAAUACGAUUGUAACAGAAGAGCCGGGGAAAGUAUUUUUGAAUGGUCGAACCACCACAAACAGACCAUAUUCAAAGGUGAUUGCUCAACCAAGAAAGCAAUUAACCGAUCUUAAAAAUCCCCAAGCAUCUGGUUCAAAAACCCGGGACUCGCCAGUAAAACUAACGAGAGACGAAAUCUUCGUUCCCAUCACCAAAGACGCCGAGAAACGCGAACGGAGCAAUCAAAUAUUGAUCUCGAACUCUAACGAUGUGAUCGACUUUUCCUUAUUCAGGAACAUGGACGAGGAGCUUCUGGCCAUGGAAUCCGACGGAGUUGAUCCCGUCCAAAGUCGAGCCAUGCCUGUGGACGAGAGUGAAAAGAACUAUGUUCGUCUUAAUCCGGCUAACACCAUUAAUAUCCUGUCGUCAGCCUCCACGCCCACCAGCCCCAUAGACCAAGCUCAGAGUUCACUUCAAUUCAACAAACGCAAACUCAAAGUGGGCAAUGACGCCCCCGAAAGUGUGUCCCGACAAAGAUUCACCAAUGGUAUCGAAGUGGACGAGACUAGGAAACGAUACAAGGUCUUACCCACCAUUCUGAAGGAAAGAGAGCGGAAGAAACAGAACCCCAGAUCUCGUGAGCCAAAGAUCAAGAUUCAUAAUAGAAUCAGGUCAACCAGGCCUCCUUCAACCACAACAACAACAACAACAACAACGAUUACUGUUACUACUACUACUUCCCCUAGUACAAGCACCACUACUAAAACGGAAACCAGUGUUUCCCCGGAAAUAGACUCAUUCAGAGGACUGAAAGUGCAAGCUGUAGAUGACGUCACAGAUUCUCGACUUGAGGAAAAGGAUUACCAACAGCCCGGAAGAAGACUGGAUUAUAUUCGAACGACCGUAGGGGAUGAAAACUUUGAGAUGAACCAAUCCGAGAGUGAAAAAAACCUGCUGGCAGGCAUGGAUGUCCCGGUGCAUUUUGCCUUUCAAAUGUCUGAGCAAUCCUUGAAACGGAAGUCUGUCUCGAAAAGGGUCAAGAUGAUCAAGAAAGUAUUCGACGAGAACUUUAGGGAUUUAGAGACAACAUUGAGGCUGAAUGCCAUUCCCCAUAUAAGGCCUCAUGUGGAUCCCAAAAACCUUAGCCGUCAACCUAAAAUGGCGACGGUGGGGAGUGGCCAGAAAAUGGGCCAAGACGAGUUCUUUGUCUAUUAUGUCACUCUCAUUGAGAUACAGAAGGUCCUGCAGGAGGUCCUGAAGAAGGAUCUGAAUCCGGAUGUCAAACCUCUUUUCAUGGAUCUCUCCAGACACAACUUUGAACUCAUGAAGCUCUUUUUCAAGCACAUCGUGAUCACGGACAAACAAAGCAAGGUGUUGUUGAAUCAAAAGGAUUCCAGGACGUUCAAGCAUCACUUCAAUGCGCUUCGCGAGAUCUUCCCAUUCCUUUAA